AUGCGCCUUAGAAGGUCUGCCAAAAGUCCGUCGAAGCGAAGCGGCUGGUCGGCCUCCGUUCGCUGUCGCCGGACGCCCGUAAUACGCCUUAGAAGGUCUGUUGUAAGUCCGUCGAAGCGAAGCGGCUGGGCGGCCUCCGUUCGCUGUCGCCGGACGCCCGUAAUACGCCUUAGAAGGUCAGCCGAACGUCCGUCGAAGCGAAGCGGAUGGGCGGCCUCCGUUCGCUGUCGCCGGACGCCCGUAAUACGCCUUAGAAGGUCUGCCGAACGUCCGUCGAAGCGAAGCGGAUGGGCGGCCUCCGUUCGCUGUCGCCGGACGCCCGUAAUACGCCUUAGAAGGUCUGUUGUAAGUCCGUCGAAACGAAGCGGCUGGGCGGCCUCCGUUCGCUGUCGCCGGAGGCCCGUAAUACGCCUUAGAAGGUCUGCCGAAAGUCCGUCGAAGCGAAGCGGCUGGGCGGCCUCCGUUCGCUGUCGCCGGACGCCCGUAAUACGCCUUAGAAGGUCUGUUGUAAGUCCGUCGAAACGAAGCGGCUGGGCGGCCUCCGUUCGCUGUCGCCGGAGGCCCGUAAUACGCCUUAGAAGGUCUGCCGAAAGUCCGUCGAAGCGAAGGUCUGGCUGGGCGGCCUCCGUUCGCUGUCGCCGGACGCCCGUAAUACGCCUUAGAAGGUCUGUCGUAAGUCCGUCGAAGCGAAGCGGCUGGUCGGCCUCCGUUCCUUUCCUUGUCUGCUGUCAACACUGUGUCAUUUGCCUAUCUCACGUUGUUAAGAUUGUGACCGCCUAUAAUGAAUAUUGGUAG